UCGCGGGGGACCAAUCAGAGUUUGUUGUCGUGUGACCUGAAGGCGGGAACGCUGACACGGUUUCGCAAGUCAAAUUUAACCAUUAAACCGCCGGUGUUGUUGGAAACGUUCCUGCAUUGAAGUUGGCUCAAAUAUUUGAUACUCAACGUGAAGGCAUGCCAAUCCAGGCUUUUUCUUUUCCUGUACCUGAGACCAGAUUUUUUCAGGCUGGACAGCAUGUCUACAAAUUUAAAAUAAGGCGAGAGGGGAGCAGAACAUAUGAAGAAGUCAUGCUGGAUGGCGCACUAGUCAGUGAGGAGCUGGAGUCUGCUGUUCGUGCAGUGCUUGCAAACCUGGAUGGUCUUCAACCUUUCACCACCCAGCAUUUCAACAUUUUUCCAUAUAUGAGUAAAUGGGAACGAGUUUCCAAACUGAGAUUUAUGAAGGGAGGUGUACAACUGUCUACGUACCCUUUCGUCAUCACGCUGUAUGUGGAGUGUCAUGAACUAGCCAGUCAAACAGAGACAACCACCAGUGGCUCACCAGUGCCAAUACCGGAAACAGAGUCAAUGCAAAACAAUCCACUGUGUGGCAGUGAUUCAGUGAGGAAAGUCCAAACCACCUUGGUGGCACAUCCAGAUGAGGGCUCUAUGAGCCAGGACUACCAAAAUAAACUAUCUUCACAGAACGUUCAAAGCCAUCAGAAGUCCCCUUGCUUGACUGAUGGUGCAGAAGAGAUGGUUUGUGGCAGUAAGAUUCAUGCUGAUUCAGAGUGUAACGCUGCCCCUGAAACUCCUGACCCAAAAACAGAAACUGAACAGAAAAUGGGGAUCAUAACUCAACUUGCGAGCUCACUGUUUCCCUUCUCUAUGUUCUUCCGCAAGAGUUCUGCAAAAUAACAUUUCAUCGUGUGAUUCCUUGACAUUUGUAGAUCUUAAACCUGUUCUUGUUUGAGAAAAUCAUUUUCAGUUUGAAAUGUCUUCAAGGUCUGAAUUGCAGAUGUUCAGUACUUAUUGUACAUAGUUUAUGUGUAUUGUGCAUUAUGUUUUUGAAAUUUGUUUAAGCUUUAUAAAUUACUGUUCUAAUAUGUGUUUGGUUUUGCAAAAUGUUCCUAAU